ACAGAUACGCCACCGUGAUAAAUCGGUCUCUGUCUCGAGGGAGGCGAGAGAAUAACCGAAAGUAGAGUGAUAGCCGGAGGGGGCACUGGCGCAGCCUGCCGCCGCUCUCGCAGUGUGUUGCCGCCUUUACUCGCCGGAGCCCGCGCGCGCGACCCACUCUCACCACUCGUACAACGGAACGCAUGACACUCGACGCCAAGAAUAUAAAUUGUAAAGAAUAAAUAUUGGACCUUUUUAUUUUAUUUUACGCGGGAAUAAUUCGUGAUUUAUGUUCUAAAGUUAAAAAUGCUCUAAUGAUAUCGUAUUAUUGAAGUUUUUCCGUUAUUUGAAGUGAUCGAGUUGCAGUCGAUCAUUAUCGAGAUUGGAGCAAUAAAUAGCUUUCCAGGUGCAUGGUGAGUGUAUGGGCGGUAAAGAUGCGAGCUCUACUCUGUUUGGUGCUCGCCACCACCUGCGUGGUGGCUGAUAAAAAUGAUAACAGACGCAACAAGUUACCGUUCGUCGCUGAUGCCGUCGGAAAUUCACUGCCACCGCCGUCCAACGUACCAGCCACUGUCGGUAGCCCCGUGAAUCUUCUGACACCAGACCGCUACGAGUUCUACACAUUUGACGAAUCUGGAGAACUUGUGAAGAGGCUGAUGACUCUUGAAGAAAUACAAGCAAUCGUCGCUGCAGGAGAAGAAGCUGAAGGCCUAGUAACCUUCGCCAAUGAAAAUCAACCCACAGUUUCCUUCAACAUCAACCAACCGCCUUACACAAAAGUUCAUAGCGUUGUUACUAACGUACAAAAUGUCCUCAAAGCGCAAAUGGAAGCUCAUAAAAACAAACCCAUGCUCCAGCCUACUUUGGACACACCAGACGUCUCUGAUUCCUGGAGUUUGAUUUUACCCUCAAUUUUCGGCAAUACAGGAGUUGAUAUUGUUUUGGACAAAGCGUCUGGGUCUGUCACAACACCAGAAACAGAAACUUUAGAAGAAAAUGUUGAAGACGAAGAAAACUCUCUAAGUAAAGAAGGCACCAACCAAGUCAUUAGUAGUUCUACAACUCAAGUAGAAGAAAAGGUAGUGACUGAGAAAUUACCAGCAACGGUGGAAUCUAAAGAAGAGCCAGAACCGACCACCACGACAAGUACAACUACCACAACUACGACCACUACAACUACAACACCGAAACCAACAACUACAACUCGUAAACCAACAACUACGACCCGUAGACCUACAACAACGACGCGUAAACCUACAACAACUACUCGUAAACCUACAACUCGUAAGCCUACGACUACUGAAAAAGCAACUACUACAACAACAACAACAACUACGACGACGACAACUGAAAAACCAACAACAACCACUACUACAACUAAACAACCCACAACUACUACUACUUCUAAAAAACCUACAACUACAACUAAGGCUCCAACUACCACUACCACUACUACCAAAAGACCAACUACUUCUACAACCACUAAUAAAAAACCGACUACAAUAAAUGCUGAAACCAAAAUAAGCUCUACCGCUACCACAGCUGAAGUUACAGCAAGCCCUCGUCCGACAACCACAGCCACUAAACAAACUACAUCUAAACCAGUUAUUACAACUACAAAAGUAACUACAGCUAAGCCAGAAGUUACAACAAAGAAACAUAGUGUAAGCGUUUUGCCUGAUAAAGAACCUGAAAAUGCCAAAGUCCAAAUUCAGCCAAACGCCAAUGCAGUUUCAUCAACAGAAAAAAAUGAAAUCGAAUUUGAAAGAAUCAGCACCUUCAUUCCAGUGUCUACUGUCGAAUAUAUAACUGAUCGAACUACGCGCAAACCAGAAGUAGUUUCUAGUACUACAAAACGAUCUGUGCCAACGACUACAACUACAGAAAUUCCAAAAAUUGAAACACUGGCAACUACUAAUAAGCCGGUUAUCAGUACAACAAACUACAUUUUAAGCACAGUUAAAGAUCAAGAACAAGAAAAAUUAAAUGUUACUACUAUUACAACUCAGUCUGUAUCACCCUCAACCACAGUAUCGUCUACAGAAAUCGCAUCUGCUGACAAUCUGAGUGAAAUGGAAAAUAAUCCUUCAGAAAAUGAGGAAUAUGAUAAAGAACCUGAACCAUUGCUUCCUAUGUUUGAUGUUGCUCAAAGUAUUAGUCAAAUAGCAUCUGAUCUUGGUGGAGGCUUUCAACCGCUCCCAACGACAAACAAUUUAUUAGAUACAACUAAAGUAAAUGUUUUUGAUUUAGAGAGUAAAGAAGUUUUGGAUAUGGACAUACCAUCUGGUAGUGGAAAUGAAACUGAAGUUAAAUCAACUACAGCUCCCGAUACUAAUAAUGAUAAUUUUGUUAAAAUAUCCACCCUUGACCCCCAUGAUAAAAAUGAAGAUAAAGAAAAUACCAAAGAAAAAGAAAAUGAAAAUACAUUUAAAGAAGUGCCGCCAAAGGAAACUGAAAAAUCAACAACUGAAACUAAAAAAUCGGAACCAACAAAAACCACAAGUAACGAUAAUGAUAAAAAUAACAUAAUUAUCAAUAAUAUCCAAAAAGUAGAGUUAUUUACCACAACUGAGGCUGCCAUUGAAUAUAGUACCAUUGAUCCAAUUUUGAGCGAGUCCAUGGGUGAUUUAUUGUCUCAGGUAGCAAAUGAAGCACCACAAUCGAUAGUUAAUUCUGAAACGUCUUCCGAAAAAGAUACUAAAGUUACAACAACUGAGGAAAGUUCGGAUAUUACGACAAAAGAUUCUAUACUUAGUAUCGAUACAACUUCAGAAAUAUCUAAUAAAGUGAAAAAAGAAACAAGUUCCACUACUGAGGCAUCAGUAAUUUCAACCACAAAUGCAGAUGAAACAAAGAUAGAAAAUGUAAAAAGUGAGAUCGCUAGUGUGUCAUUAGAUGAGAAUAAGAAUGAAAUAACUAAAGUUCAAGAUCAAAAGCCAUCCACUGCAAAACCUGUCGAAAGUAAGAAAGAGGAAAAUAAAUCCGACGAAAAAGUCGAUGAUGAUAAUAAUAAUAAUUUUGUUCAAAUCUCAGUUUCAUCUGAUAAUAAAAAUAAAGUAGAACAAGUUACUUCUGAAAACAAAAAUAAACUAGAUAAACCAGUCAACAAUAAAGACGACAUGAAGACGAUCAAUAAAGAUAACACAAAGUCUGAUGUGAACAUUGUAAAAGAAAAUGAUGAGAAAGUCAAAAUACAAAAUGAAAAGGAAACCAAAAAUGGUAACAAAACUGUAGAGGCAAGUAAAAACGACGAAAAGGCUAUUUCAAAUGAAGAAAUAACUACGUCAUCAUCUACUGCAGAAACGACCUCAUCAACGACUCCUACUCCAUCAAAAAUAAGCCAGUCCAAGUUCAAUAAAAUUAAUCUUGGCGAUAAAUCUAGUACAAUUAAAAAAGAUAAACUUCCCGAACCAUUACCAAAAGUAGAUGACUUUAAGAAGAAAAUACAAAAGGUGAAUAUUGAAGAAGAAGAGUUAGUCAGUGAAAGAAACAGUUCGUGGAAACUGAUACCUACACUUUCUCCUCCAAAAGCCAAUGAGAUUCCCAAGGACAAAAUUAAAUCUGAAAACCAUUACGUACCAGAUAACAACGAGAACAAAGAUAUUGUUUUGGAAUUUUCUACAGAAAACCAGGGACUAGAAGUAACUACAAAAGACUUAGGUGAAGAUAUAGCUCGGUUUUCGGAAUUAUCCAACGAACUAGCGUUUAGAUUCUGGAACGUUAUGAUUGAUGACAUCGACAAAAAGAGAAGUUUUGUUUUAUCUCCCUAUUCUAUUUUCUCAAUGUUAGCCAUGAUCUUCAUGGGGGCUAGAGGAGCAACAUCUGGAGAAAUGAACGAGAUCCUCAAAUUAGACGAUAUGGUUACAUUCAACCCACAUUUCACGUUGAAAAACAUUUCUGACUCGAUUGAAACAACUCCAGAAUCAGGAGUAGCUGUUUCGGCAUUUAUUCGAGAACUUUACAGCGAUAGGAAUAAGGGAAAAAUCCUGACUUUCUACAAAGAAAGGGCUCAACACUUUUAUAAUGGCCAUGUUGAGGAGAUAAACUUUAAAUUGAUUAGCGACAUAAUUAGGAGAAGGACCAACCUUCUUGUCAAGAGGUAUACUUGGGGCAAGAUUCCAGAGUACAUGAAGACCAACAACAUCGUGAUGCAGCCACCAUUAGCUGCCUUUACUGCCAAUAUUUUCGAGACUGACUGCUCGGGCACCUCAGUGGAGGGUCGGGAUGGAGAGAUGUACUUCGUCGUGUCUCCCAACGUACGUCAACGUCGCCUCGUUCCAGUGCCAGCCGUGGUUUACAAGAGAGGAUUUUUAGCUGGAUACGAUCCAGUCCUCGACGCAACAGCAGCCGCAUUAGGAAAUACUAACUCCAUUAUCAGCACACUCUUCUUAAUGCCUGGUCAACAAGGAAACGUUGUACAUGCCGAUGACUUAGAAAAACUUGAACAAAGACUUUUGGAUGCUGUGCCGACUACUCCUACAUGGAAUCGAGUCUUACGUACAUUACUUCCUCGCACUGGCUUGGAACUUCAAAUACCAAGAUUCUCACACAAAUCAACUUUCAACGUAUCAAUGAGCCUGAAAAAGAUGGGACUUAAAGACUUAUUUGAUGGAGAGCAUGCUGAUCUAGGUGGCUUGAAUGGACCUUCGAAGGAUCUUUAUUUGUCGGACAUGGUUCAGUUGAACACAUUCGUUACUUGCGGCGAAGAUGGAAUAGGAGAACAACAUCAUAUUGAAGAGUAUCCCGAGACCUUAAGUGUAGCACAGAGACGCCGUGCUAGAUGGUUGAACGAUUGGGAUGAGCCUAGAGACUACCAGAGAGCGUUCCACGACCCACACGAUGUCGGUGAUGCGAUGCAUUUACCUCUGCAUCUGAGGCCAAGACAGGCGCGUCUACCAUCGAGGAGUGCACUGCCAGCUCGUCUAAAAUUCGAUCGACCCUUCCUCUACUUCGUGAGACACAACCCAUCGGGUAUGAUAUUGUACUUUGGAAGGUACAACCCUCGGCUUCUCCCUUGAAGGCGUUACAAAGACUGUUAGCUUAGUUUAAACAACAUUCCUAAAAGGAAAGUGAUAAGGGAAUACUGGUGCGUGUGAUAAUGAAAGUUGUUUUAUGAGCAUUUACGUGACAGUAUUAAUAAGUGUAUCAGCAGAGUAGGCUCGUUAAACGGUACAAUGAGCAUUGUACAGCUGGACGUACGCUACUCUGUCUCAUAUCAUGUGUGUAUAAAGGAAUGCUAAUGAUGAAUUAUUGUUGAAUGUAUGCAUAAAUUGUACUGUAAUAGCGAAUAAUUAAGUAGUGUAAUUAAGUAAGUUAGCGUGGAAUAUUGUCAUUUCACUGUCUUUAGUUUCAAUUAUUAGAAUAAAUCCGAUGUUUUGAGUA